CAGACACUUGCUUUUUGUAUGAAGGGGUUUAACCCAAUGAACAAUCCUGUCUGUCUUUCCCAAAAUAAGCCAGUGGGAGAGGGAUCGCCGAGUGAGCCAGGGAGAUUGGAGCAGCGAGGUGCACAGCCCCUGGUUAUAAGUCCUGGGAGUGGGAGCUCAGCCCGCUUGGACCCACAGCCUUUAGCUCAAUAUACACUGCCUUCCUGCCUGCCUGACUGCCUGACUGACUUGACUGACUGACUGAGUCUCACUCCACUGUUACUCACUCUCUCUCCCUCUCUGUCCUGCUCCCUCACUCCUCUCCUCCUACUUUCCACCCUGGAUAGUGAGAGCACACAGAUUGGGAAGGUGCUCCUCAGACCUGCGUCUGGACAGCUUGAAGACGGCACAGAGAGGAUUUUCACUCUUCUCUCAUUUGCUCUUUCAUCCUCUCUCUCACUUUCAUCAAUUUUGCCAAAAAGCGCAUGGAUGGACUUUUUUGCUUUUUGCUGGAGACAGAAAAAUAAAAGUUAAACAGACAUUUUGCUCCACCUGCAGUUGAAAAUAGCCAUUUUUUAUUUUUUUUAUUUUUUUUUAAACUUUGGUUGUGUCUUUUCCUGCACUUGUGAGCAGCACUGGACCAAUUCAAGGUGCCAGCUCUUUGCCCAAGAGGACACCACUCCUCUUUUCUGGCUGCAUGUUCAUUGAAUAUCUGAUGCCAUCGCAUCCCAUGGGAGACACGCGUGGCUGAAGCAAGGAGGGAGGUAGAAGAGAGACCCACCUGACGCUCACACCUACCGCUGCCCUUACCCCAGUGCACCCCCUCCCCCCUCUGCCCUUCAACGCUCUGAGGAGAGAAAGUUCUUUGUGUGUGACAUCUGAAGCCUGAGAUGCUAGUGACCAUGCUGUUGGCUCCUGUUUGUGUGAUACUGAUGCUGGGGUCGCGAGCUCUUGCUGGAGGCUAUCCCCCCAUACCCCACAUGAAGUACAUGCAGCCCAUGAUGAAAGGGCCUAUUGGACCCCCAUUCAGAGAGGGCAAGGGACAUUACGUUGAUAUGCCACCAAUGAUGGAGGUAAAGGGGGAACCCGGCCCCCAAGGGAAACCUGGACCGAGAGGCCCCCCUGGGCCCCCAGGACUUCCAGGAAAACCUGGACUGGGCAAACCGGGUCUCAAUGGCCAGCCAGGCCCUCAGGGGCCUUCUGGAUUUCCUGGAAUUGGUAAGCCUGGACUUCCAGGUCUCCCAGGAAAGAUUGGGCCAAAGGGGAUACCAGGUCUUAAUGGCGAGGUUGGUCUUCGUGGUGAACCAGGUCCCAGAGGUCCUCCAGGGCAGCCUGGCCUUCCUGGCCCAGCUGGCCUAUCCCUGAAUGGGAAACCUGGGGUUCCAGGCAUGAGAGGCCCCCCUGGGUCUCGGGGUGAACCAGGACUAAAAGGUGGUGUUGGCCCACCAGGUGAUCGUGGACUUAAGGGUGAGAAUGGAAACGGGAAGCCAGGGCCUCCAGGUAUAAGGGGUCUUCCUGGGGUGAAAGGCAGUACAGGACCAGCUGGUCUUCCAGGUAUAGGCAAACCAGGACCAAAAGGUUUGUCAGGAAUGCCUGGUCUUAAAGGUGAUCAAGGACUCCCAGGGGAUCAUGGACUACCAGGAGAGCCUGGGCCUCCAGGUCUACAAGGUCUGCCGGGGCCAAUUGGGAUAGGGAAGCCUGGGCUAGAUGGACAACCUGGAGGACCAGGUCAACUCGGUCCAAAGGGUGAGCCAGGGCCCAGGGGUUCUCCUGGGUUUCCUGGGACUCCUGGCUAUGGAAAACCUGGUCUGAGUGGGCCAAAAGGGGAUAAAGGCCACAGUGGGUUGCCUGGUCUACCAGGGGAUAAAGGAGAACAAGGAAUGGUGGGCCCUAUUGGAGAGCCAGGCCUUGAUGGACAAGCAGGGCCACCAGGACUUCAAGGCCCAAUGGGACUACCAGGACAACAUGGAAUGCCAGGAUUGAAGGGAGAGAUUGGGCCCCAGGGCCCUCCAGGACUGCCUGGCCUCAGAGGUGACCAAGGCCUCAAUGGACCCUCUGGAAAACCUGGCAUCCCUGGGGACAAAGGCAUCCCUGGGCUUAAUGGUCCUAUUGGAAAACCUGGACCCAAAGGUGAGGCAGGGCAUAUUGGCUUACCUGGGAAUCCAGGGCUGACAGGUGCUCCAGGCCCUAAAGGUGAGACAGGGUUUAUGGGGACUCCAGGACCAAGGGGCCAGUCAGGCAUUCCUGGUCUUCAGGGCCCGAUGGGUCCCAUGGGGCCACAGGGUGCCCCUGGCCUAAAGGGUGAAUCUGGACUUACAGGGCCUCCAGGAAUGGGUAAGCUGGGAGAGAAGGGAGCUAUGGGUCCCCAAGGUCCUCCAGGGAAACCAGGCCCUUCUGGGCUUAAUGGUAACCCUGGCCUUCCUGGGCCUCCAGGGCCCCCUGGUCCUCCAGGAAAUGGCCAAACAGUUGUUGCAGGGCCAACAGAUACACAGUUGGAAGGCGAUGAAGUACCAGGGGACAGGAAAGGGUCUGUAUUCGGUCAAGUUGCAGUCUCUGCCUCUGUGGCACCAGCCUUCACAGCCAUCCUCACCACACCUUUCCCUCCCUCUGCCAUGCCAAUCAAAUUUGACAGGACCCUGUACAAUGGGCAAAAUGCCUACAGCUCUGCCACUGGCAUGUUCACUGCUCCUUUAUCUGGUGUCUACUACUUUGCAUACCACAUGCAUGUAAAGGGAACUAGCUUGUGGGUGGCACUGUACAAGAACAAUGUACCAGCCACUUACACCUAUGAUGAAUACAAGAAAGGCUACAUGGACCAGGCAUCUGGUAGUGCUGUCCUAGAGCUGAAGGAGGGUGACCAAGUAUGGGUCCAGAUGCCCUCGGAUCAGGCAAAUGGCCUUUAUUCUACCGAGUACAUCCACUCCUCCUUCUCAGGAUUCCUGCUCUGUCCCACAUAACCCUGUACUUUCAUUCAAACAUGUUCCUGUAUUGGCACCUCAGAGCAGCCCUAAACCUAAAAUACCUGCAGCCGUAAUAGAAACACAAAACCCAUAGGAUUCUCAAUAUUAUUGACAUUAUCUCUAUCAGUCUCACCCUCAACAUCAUCAGUGAAAGAAAAAAAAAAACUUUGUGAAUGAAAUAUAGAAAGUUUUUAAAGGCAGGGGAAGGAAUUUCAUACUGUGCUCUUUGUUUCAUUGUCCUUCAAAUGUGUGUUUUGGGUUGUAUUUUAUGUUGGUGUUUUUUAGCUUAUAUUAUUUUAAUUAUUAUAUUGUCAUAAUUUUAUUGUUAUUAUUUGGUCCUUGUCAUCAUUGUUGUUGUUGUUUAUUGGAUUCAGACUAUUAAGUGCCUUACUUUGUAAUGUGCUAGUAACAGACCUUCCCAUGUGACUGCACAUCCUGCCCUCAUGCUCUGACAUCAUAAAGGACAACAUCACCAGACCCUGGGGGGUGAUUGGUUCCUCUGGCUGCAGUCACAUCCCCCUUGCGUUCGUAUUUAAACCGUGAAUGGCAAUACUGACAUAAAGAGCAACAAUACAACAUAUAGACAAACAAUAUUAAAACAAGGCAUUUGGUGCUGUAAUACCAUUACUUUUCACAUUUCCUUUUGUUUGACCUUUUUGGUACUUUAAACAAUUGCUAUGUUAAAAUUAUUAAUAGGAUUAAAUCUUUGUUUUAAGAGUAAGAUAUAUAUAUUUUGACAGUUGUCAUAGGCAUUUGUUGGGUGCUUAUUUCUCUGCUUCUUUUUGAAUUAGGUAGACGACCAUUCAAAAUGAUGGAUCUUUCCUAUAAUUGAUUAAAAUACCCAGAAAUGCAAUCCAAGAAAGUAAAAUAAUCCAUGAAUAAAUAUGACCUGGCAGUAUUAUAAUUAAUAUAUUUAAACUACCCCUUUAAAGAGUAUCAACAACAUCAUGCAAGAACAAUGCCUUUUUUAAUUUUCAGGAUGAUAUUAAUUGAGGACGACAUGUAUGUAUGCAUACAGUCCAUGUUUACAUGCCAUAGAAUAGAUAGUGAGAGCAACUGCAAAGUGGACAGUAAGGACACAGCCAUAUCUGGAUCAAUGGCCUGUUUCCUUGUAUCGAUCUUGUUUUCCCAUUUGCACUGCAGAUCCCAUCAUCAGGUCGCAGGCAUGCUCUGACCAUGACAUCACUGCUUUCUAAUGGUAUAUUACCUAUUAAUAAAUCAGUAUCACAUUAACAAGCUAUACUGCCAUAGUAGGAAGGCCCCAUUAUGACCACAUAUAUGUGAAGAUGCUGUAAACUCAUUUCUGUUUAGGGAGAUAGGGAGACAAAUGGAUAAUAAGUAAAAAUCAUCCAACUAUUCCUUCAGUGCCAGUUUCUAUGUGACUUGAUUCUGGGAAAAUGAGGGCAGUUCUGAAUCACAUCUAGUUCCAAAUGAAAAGACUUUUGAUUAAACCCAUUGUAGCAAAAAUGGUUGAAUUAUUGUUUAGUUUUACCGAACAUCUGCGGCUUCAAAGAAUUUUCAUAACCAAAUAUUGUUAAA